AUGUACUUCAGAGAACCUGACAAGAUUUUAGUAGGUAGUUUGCACUUAAUAACCUCAGAUGACGAUGUCAUGUAUAUGGUUGACUACCAUACCAGGCACUUUAUUGUGCAUUUAUAUAUUGUGUGUUUUGGAGAUGGUCAGGGUGAUAAGGUGGAGUCUGAAGAAGAUGAUGAUGAAGAAGAAGUGAGGGUUGAUUUCAAUGACCCUUGGUGGAAAGACAAGGUUAGUGAUGAUGAAGAUUUAUUUAAUGUAGAUGUUGAUUUAGACGAUAAUAGAGCUGAAACUAGUGGUGCAGCUCAAAGUGGCGAUGGUGAUGUUGAUUGUGAUAAUGAGAAUGAGGGUGAUGAAGAAGAUGAGAGUGAUGAUGAGGCCCAUCCAAGUAGUGAUGGUGUUAGGUCCAAAAGUGGUUCUAAGAAGAAGGGAACAUUUGAAGCAUUAGAAGAUGAUGACACUAACUCAGAAAUGGGUAGAAUUGACAUACUCGAGUCACCACAUAUUAGUGAUGAGGAAGGCAUACGAAUGUUUAGAGAUGCUGCUAAAGAGUACAAUCUUAGGAGGGGCAAGAAAAUUAGGUUUAAAAGGAAUAAAAGAAGAGAGUGUAUUGUGGUGUGUAGGGAUGAAAAGUAUCGGUAUCGAGUGUAUGCAAGGCAUAUGCCUGAUGAACAAUCAUUUCAGAUUAGAUCUACACACCCUAAACAUUUGUAUGGUAGGAAAUACAAGAACUCCAUUGUGAACUCAACUUGGAUAGCCAACAAAUUGAUUGAAAAGUUUAGAAUUCAGCCCAACAUGCCCUUGAAUGUCAUACAACAUGAAGUGAAGGAAAAAUGGAAAGUGGAUGUAACUCCAAGUAUGAUGUAUAGGACAAUUAACAUUAUGGUGGAUAGACCAAACCCUAGUGUGCUUCCAAAAUUUGGAAGACUAUAUCUUUCUCUGGCUGCAAUGAAGAAGGGGUUUUUGGAGGGUUAUAGGCCUGUUAUAGGGGUGGAUGGAUGCUUCUUGAAAGGGCCAUUAAAGGGUCAACUCUUAGCUACAGUUGGAAGGGAUGUGAAUAACACUACGUAUGCAAUUGCCUUUGCUAUUGUUGAAGCUAAGACCAAAGACUCUUGGAUAUGA